AUGAGUGAUUAAGUAUAAGAAAUAUUUUUGACAUAAGAGUAAUCAAAGUACAUCAAUAGUAUGCUACCUAGAGGAUACUCACUGUAAUUCUCAUCUUCUCACACUAGACGUGUUCAAAUGAAUCCAAAUGCUACAAAGUUAAAUCAAUAUGAGCAAACACUGAUCUAAGAGAGGUUAAAGUAAACUAGAUCCAAGAUGAAUCAGGCAGCAAAUGCUUAAAAUGCCGCAUCAUUAGCAGCCCAACAAAAUAAAAAUGAUAAAGAUAAAAAGUUGUAAUCCAAAAAAGAAAAUAUACCUGAAAAAGAAUAAAUAGCCGAUUCUCCAGAAAGCGGAAAUACAAAGAAAAGAAAGUAGUAGGAAAAAAUUUUAGAAAAGUAAGCAGCAAAAAGCUUAAAACAGCAAAAUUAAGUUUUAUAGUAAGUAAUUAGUGUUGACACACAAUAGAAAGGAACAAUUCCUGUUUCUGAAGACAUAAGGGUGUGCUUUUCGAUAUUGUAAUAACUAAAGAAAAGCGAAAAUGCAGGUCCAUUUUUAUAAAAAGUUGAUGCCUUAGCACAAUAAUGCCCUGACUACUAUAAAAUAAUAAGAGAUCCAAUGGAUUUAUCGAAAGUGGAGUCAAAUUUAAAACAGGGCUAUUAUUAAACUACUUUACAAUUCGCAGAUGAUGUUAGAAAGAUAUGGAAUAACUCCUUUACAUAUAACUAAAAAGGAAGCUAAAUCUAUAAAAUGACAGAAGAAAUGAGCAGGUUAUUUGAAAAAAUUUUUACUCAGGUAAAAAGUUAAUCACUUCCUAACCCUAUGGAGUAUCAAGAUUCAAUAGACGCUUCUUCCAACUCUAUCAACAAUAAUACCGCUUCGUCAUUAAAGAAGAGAGCUAAUAAAUAAGCAUAAAAUGUUACUUAAUAAUAGAAUUAGAUUUAAUAGCUAUCUUCUGCUUCAGUGCCAAUAACUUAAAAUUCAGCUAUACCAGCAAAUCCUCCAAAACCUGAAAAAUAAAAAAAGACUAAAUAAACUGCUAACUAACCUGAUACAACUGCAUAAUAAGCCAAAGCUAAAGAUAAAUAUUAAACCAAAUUAAGUUAAGAUGAAAUCAACUAACUUUAUUAAAAUAUCGGAUCGCUUACAGAAGACGAUACAAAAUAAUUAUACGAGUUAAUAAAGGAUUACUGUGAAACAAAUAACGAAUAGAUUGAAUUAAAUAUAGAUAAUCUCCCUAUUAAAACUGCAAGAGAAGUACAAGAAUUCGUUCUUUUCAAAAGACGUUUACCAUCUUAGCAAUAAGUCAAUCAAUAACAAUAAUAAUAAUAAUAGUUGUAGUAAUAAUAAUAGUUGUAAUAAUAAUAAUAAUUACAGCAGCAAUAAAUCCAAUAAUAGAAAUAGCAAUAGUCAUAAGAUGAAUAGUAAGACAAUAAAAAGAAGAAGAAGAUUGGAAAAUUGGAAAAGAAAGACAUCCCAUUAACUAUCAGUGAAAAGAAGCAACUAGGAAUAAAUAUACGUAGACUUCCUCCAGAAGAUUUAAAUGGAAUUUGGAGUAUAGUAUAAGAUAGCUAAUAAAAUAGUGAAGUGAUAGAAUUUGAUAUUGAUACAUUGCCAGUAAGAAAAGCUAGAGAAUUAGAAGCAUAUGUCAAGUAAAGAGCUGCAUUUCAACAAAAAAAACAACGUGUUUAGAAAAAUUAACCAAAUAACCUUUUAUCAGACAGCUAACAAUAAGCUAAAGCUUAGUUACCAUACUCUACGCCUACAACAACUACAACUGCAAGUACUACAGUAAAUACUAAUUAAACUCCAAUUGAUGCUGCAGUAAACAACUUCCCACAAUAAACUAGCUUUACUGCUGCUUAGUAAUAUCCUGCCACAGCUUACGCUAGUAAUCCAGGUUAUACAUAAGCAAAUUAACUUAUUCAAAAUAAUGGUUCUGCUUAAAAUGCUGCAAGUGCAAAAGUCAACAACAGCUAAAUGAUAUAGUAGGGAUAGUAUGUUCAAGCUAAUCCAGUAGCUUAGUAAUAACUACCCAUUGCUUAAGCAACUACAUAAUAAAACAUGGCUUCUAUAUAAGGAUACAAUCAUUUAAAUUAAUAAUAGUAUGCUUAGCAAUCGACAUACUAAAAUUAAAUGAUGAUGAAUUAAUAUCCUUCUGCUUUUCCUAUUUAGUAACCUAUGCAAAGCGCUGUCAUCGGUGGUUAUCAGAACAGACCCAGCUAAUAGUAUGAUGCAGGUUAAUAAGGCAUGGCAAUACCAAGCAUGAUUAAUUAAACUUAGCAACCUUAUUCAGGAUAGCAGUAUAAUCAAUAGGGAUAAGCAUAAUAUUAAGGAUAUGGAAAUAACAUGCAAAAUAUGUAUAUGAAUUAGCCUCUUAGUGCUAAUUCAAAUGGCAAUCACAAUAGAAAUAUUGUGCCUAAUUAACAAAUUCAAUAUGGAGCUAAUACAUAAGUGUAAAAUGGAAUCAGCUAAUACCCUCAAUCGUAAAAUUACUACAAUGCUUAAUAUCAAUCAAACCCAAGCUAGUAUUAGUAACAUUUACAAUAAAUGAAUGUAAAUCCACAGUACAGCAGUAAUAGUAAUUAAGCUUAGUAAUAUAACGGUCAUAUUUAAAAUUAGAAUAACAGUGAGUAAAGUUCUGAAGCAAUGCUCUCUGAAAGUGAGGAAGAGUGA